CCAACCCCGGACUGGACCCGCAGGAGCUGCUGCUGCAGGAGGAUGCCAGGGGUUUGUGUCUUAUCAAGGCGCGGAUCGAGCCUCUGCAUUUAGUUUCCAGUCGCGUCCUGCGCGCUUCAGGACGCACAGGCGGAUCAGCUGAGCAGCUUCACUGUCGGAGGAAAACAGGCACAUCUGUGUUCGCUCGCAUUCAUUUUUUUCCUCCUCUUUUGGACAAUUUAGCAGUUUUCUGCCGGGAUUAGAUGCUUUUCCAAGUGUUGGGUGUUGAAGCUGCCCCUGUGAACGCGAUGUUGGAGAUGGUCGCUUCGCAAAAAUGAACACAGACUGCAACAAGCCCUCUAUUUCUCCAAAGCCAAGAGCUGUUUGUCACGCCAGUCUCAGGCUGCCCUCCCCUCUCACAUCUGCAGCCAGGGGUCCUAAACCUUAUGUGGCCCCAAAACCUAAAGUCACAGUGCGGCUAAAUGGCAACCGGGGAGGGUUCUGUAACGGCAAUAUAUUCACUUCAGAUCAUGAGGCCAAUGAGGAUCAUGAGACACGAAAUGGUCGAAAUAAAGUGAUUAUGGACACAUCCCACUCAGAGAAACAAUUAAAGCUCAAGAUCCUUAAAUCCCCACCAACACAUUUAUACCAUUUGUCAAACAGAGAAGAGAGGGAGGAGGAAAAGGACAAAGAAGAGGAAGAAAAUGUUAUUCAGAAAAUGGAUGAGGACUGGAGAUUACCUGACAGUGCCCUAACAAAGGAAGUGGACUCCUUGGAAACACUUUGGGUCGGAGAUGCCAGACUCCCAUGUAACUCAGAGGAGGGGGAGAAGAUGAUUGACACAGAAGUGGCGGAGAACAUGGAUGCUGAAGGUUGUGAUGCGGGCGAGGCACUGGCUGACACAGAUGGCCUCUCAGUGGGAGACUUUUCUGUUAAUAGCACUGAUGAGGAGGGACGCUGCUAUUCUGCUGACAGUCAAGACUCAAAGCAAGAAAAGCUUCAGAUCAACAAGGAUGGAAAUACAGCAGAGGAUUUAUCAUGGUCUCUUACAGACGAACCUGGUCAUCUUGUCAAAGAAAACAUGAUGCACGCUGGUGCCAAACACAAUAUUCUAAAAGAAAAAGAGGAGAAAGAAGAAGAGUCUGGGCGUGACUGCGGUUUCACUUGCAACAUCCUGAAGUUGAGGUGUGGCCACAAGGUAAAGGAAAAGGGUGAAAACCGACAGGACAUUUGCUUUUAUGACUCUGUUCCUGAAAAACAAAAGGCAUGUGAUACGAUGCGAAGACGUGCUGCCUUAGAGAGUGAUCGAGCUCAUGAACCUUUUUACAUCUCUUCAGAGGACAUUAUUAACACGGAGCUGGGGCCGGAGAGUACACUUACAGAAACUAACAUUUCUUCUACAAACAAAAGUGUAGAUUUAGAUGAGGAAACAGCAGAAAAUGGACAAAUAGAUUACCACUUGGGGGAUGAAUACUGCAGCGACCACAGUUAUCAGAACAAAGUGGGGACGUGUGAGAAAGAGCCAUCUGUUCAAGCUGAAGAAGCCAAACUUAAUUUACUGGAGGACGUAUUGAAUCAUUUGGGCUGCCAGUCCAUGUUCAGGCAGGUAUCUGCCUCAGUGCCAACAGACAUGGACAGGUCGCUGACUUCUUCUCUCUCAGGAAGUCAGUUGCUUUCCCCAAAUAACUCUGACGUCUUCAGAGAUCAGGACGACCUGGAGGGUUAUAUUGUGCCAUUUUUGGACGAGACCACUGACGCGGAGCAAGACAACAGCGAUGAGCACCUUUACGAGGAGCCAGGACGAGUUUCUAAGGGGGAAAACCUCUUUUCUUUGGAUAGCAAAGCCACUGGCAUUCGAACAUACUCUCUAUCACACCGCGUUGCCAAUAAUGUAGAGGAUAUGGGAGGGCAGUUUUUUCAGAAGUCCUGCAAAAGUGGAAUCGGACAACCUGCGCUGAGCAGCAGUCCCAUGUUAAGCUCAACACGACACAGAAGCCUUUCCAAACCGCACUAUUUGUCCUUGUACCCCCGUUCAAUCUCCAUGGAGGGACAGGACCGUCCUCUUUGUGUCUACCGGGAACAAAGGGAUGCUCUUUGCCCGUCAGAAAGCUUCUCAAGGUGCUCACCUCUGUCAUCCAGUACCGUGUCCACGCCGACAUCUCUGGUGGACAUCCCACCCCCGUUUGAAUUGGCCUACAUUACCAAGAAGCCGAUAAUGAAGAGUUCCCCAUCACUUCUCAUCGGGUCAGACUUGAAAGAGAAAAACAGGAAAAAGAAAUCCUCAAUUAAGCGCUUUUUUAUGCUUAAAUUUGGUCGGAAAACAGAAAACAAGCCAGUGGUGGAUGUUAAACCAUCCUCUUUUAAAUCCUCGGCUGAGUCCAGCCAUCACUCACCAAGCAGACUGCUGGACUUAGAGAGACACAGCAUUAGUGGCUCUCCACGGCUAAACCAACAUUUGUCUAGUAACCGUCAAGUUUCACCUGAAACAGCCUCCACCUUCUUGUUCUACAAGGAGAGUAAAAGGAAAGGGAACUCUGUGGCCUUCCUCAAUCGCAGCGUCAUCCGUGUGGAGUCCUUUGAGGACCGCUCCCGUGUGCCUUUCAUACCCAUUCCCCUUACCAAGCCUCGCUCUAUCUCCUUCCCCAACACAGAUACCUCUGACUAUGAGAAUAUUCCUGCCAUCAGCUCAGACUAUGAGAAUGUCCAGGUGCCACAGUGGCGGACGGCUCGGCAGGUGCCGCUCGCAGACUUCUUCGAUCGGCCCAGUCGAGUCAUGUCUUCUGUCCAUGAGACAGAUGGUUAUGUGGACAUGAGCAGCCUCCCUGGGUUUGAGAAGAAAACUCAGUCGUCUGAACAGGAAUCAGAAAGUGCCUAUACAGAAGCCUAUGUGUGCCCUAUGGCUGUCAGUCCACAAACUGGUUCAGUGGGCAACGGUCGAGGAGAGACCUUGGGUGACGAGGACCAAGGACGCACCUCCGAGGAGGAAGAUGGGACAGUGGACAACUAUGACAGACAGCCUGAUGGUCGAUCCAGAGCCUUUUACAUCGUGAAAGAGCUGGUGGACACAGAACGCUUACAUGUGACUGCGCUCAAGCUGCUCCAGGAAGACUUUAGGGAAGCAGUGGGCUCAGCAGUUGGGGAUCAAGGUCAGCCAGUGUUGGUUGAUGAGAGGCUUCGAGAGAUUCUCAAUGAGCUGCCUGAUGUUUACAAUCUGCACUGCAAAAUCCUCACUGAGCUGGAGAAUCGAAUCCGACACUGGGAAGACAACCCAAGGAUUGCUGACAUAUUCCUGUCCAGGAGAGCAGAGUUUGUAGUUUUCACAACCUACAUCGGCCACUAUGACAGAAGCAUGAGUUUACUGGAGGACAGCUGCCAGACUUCGCCGGCCUUCGCAGCCAUCGCUCAAACGUUUGAGGAGAAAGCUGCAGGGAAAGUUUCUUUGAAGCAACAGCUCCUGCAGGUCAUUGUGCGUGUUGCUCAGUAUCGUAUGCUUCUCACCGAUUAUCUGAAUAAUCUCUCCCCUGAUUCCAAGGAAUAUGAAGACACCCAAGCUGCAGUAUCAGUCAUGUCUGACAUUGCAGAUCAAGUCAACGACAGCUUGAAACAUGGGGAGAAUCUGUUGCGUCUAAUCAACAUAGCAUACAGUGUUCAUGGCCAGCGGGACCUGCUUCAUCCUGGCAGGGUUUUUGUGAAAGAGGGCACCCUGAUGAAGGUCAGCAGAAAGAGUCGCCAGCCCCGCCAUCUUUUUUUGAUGAAUGAUGUGCUGCUCUACACCUACCCUCAGCAGAAUGGAAAAUACAGGCUGAAGAAUACUCUCCCGCUCACUGACUUAAAGGUCACCAAGCCCUUUAUAGAAAAUGUUCAAAAUGCACUGAAAAUAGAGGGAGCAGACAUCUCGAUCACUUUAUCUGCCAGUUCCUUCCUUGAAAGAGAGGACUGGUUUUAUACUCUUAACCGUGCUGUGACUGAAAAUACAAGAGGCUCUGGAGCUUUCAACAACUGCUCACGAGAGCCCAGAGAUCGUCUUAGACUGUUCCUUGGAGAGAAAGCUCCCACCCUUGUUCCUGUCUCACAAGUGAUGAUGUGCAUGAACUGCACCUCUGAUUUCAGCCUCACUCUCCGCAGACACCACUGCCAAGGCUGCGGAAGAAUUGUUUGUCGAAGCUGCUCCAGGAACAGGUAUCCACUGAAAUACAUGAAAGACCGCAUGGCCAAAGUGUGUGAUCACUGCUACAACGAGCUAAAAAAGAGAGGAGGAGAUGUGACCUCGUUGUCGGGCAAAGGUAGUCCCCAGGUGAGCCGGUCCAGUCGUCCACUCUCUGCAAUGUUCCAAAACAUCCAUCCUCCCAAUAUUUGGAGACAUCGGAAAGGCACCGUCACCUUCACCCGGGUGACAGUGUCAGAAGAAGGCUCCAUCAGCGGCAGUCUACAGCGAAGCAAAAAGACCAAAAGGAACUGGAAGAGACUUUGGUUUCUUCUAAAAGACAAGGUGCUUUACACCUACCGAGCCCAAGAGGAGAAGGUAGCAUCGGAGAGUUUACCUCUACUGGGUUUCACAGUGAAGCUGCCUGACAGGUAUGGGGGAGAUGAGGAGUCCAGCGUCUUCCAGCUGUACCACAAAAACACUUUGUAUUACACUUUUAAAGCUGAGGAUAACUUUACAGCCCAAAGGUGGGUAAAUGCCAUGGAGGAAGCCACAAAUUUAUAGAAUCGACCACUCGGAUGUCUUUCUUCUCCAACAAAUUACUGAUGGCUGUGACUGACUGUGAAAACCAAAAUGGAGAGAUCACGGAGACACUACCCCGACAGGUCUGCAUGUUGCAACUUGUCCAGCAGGAUGAAGGAGAAGAAGACAUUGUGUUCUCUGGGAGAGGACACGAUCACCUACUUUGUCAACCUCCGGUGUGUCCUGCCUGCUGUUACAGCAGGUGCAAUACUAAGAGCCAUGAGAAGCAUUGGCCCAGAUACCUGCCAGGGUGGAACAACAAUGACCCGGACUGCAAUGCACGCGGCAGCUCAGCGGCAACAUUCCUCCGAUUCACGUCAUUUUUGAAAAGGAAGAUACAUUUUAAACUAUAUUACGGACAUGUAGAACAUAUUAACUUGUUUUAAAAAAAAUUGACAAAACUACACUUUCACGAACAGGAAUUCUUGCUACUGUUUACAUAGAGGGUGGAAAAAAAUAAAAAUAAGCAACACACUUAGGCCUAACUCAGAAAUGUCCAAAUCUGUAAUGGCCUAAUUUUUACUUUUGAACUAGUUAUGCCUUAAUUUCAACAAGUGCUCUUUCACUCCAUUUCCAUGACUAAUACUUGGAGGCACAGGUUGUGUCAAAGAAUGUACAAAAGAGUUGCUUAGCUAAGUUCAGUGUUGUUGGACAUUCAUCCUGUGAGUGACUCCAUAUUUUUGAUGGGUUUUGCACUGAUAUAAAGCAUUAAAAGAAUACAGGAACGAGUGGACAUCAUCACAGGAACUGAAAACAUCAACUACUACACAUGAUUUACUAACUACGUGGAGAAUGGAGACAUAAUUUAAAUUCCUACAGUAAGUGCAAUGUAAAUUUAUAUUUGUGUAAAGAUUCCUCAUCCAUCUGAGCAUAGAGGUGUUAACUUGGACUAAAUCAUGUCUGCACUGACCUACGUAAUCAGUGUCUUCAUCUUGUACUGUACUUGAUUGACAAAAUGUAUUUACAAUGGUAUCAUUUCAAUUGUGCAUAAAAU